GGGCACGAUACUUUCCAAACUAAUUACCCUCCCUUUCGCUAAUCUAGGGGGCGCUGAAGAGAGAGCAAUGGCGCUGACCAUGACUGAAAAUGCGGCUUGAUCUGUUUUGAUGAUUUCAGAAGUAAAUAGCAAUCAUCAGCAACCCCGAUAUGCCUCCUCCAAAAGAAAAGUCACAUGGACAUAGAAGUCAAAGGUCAUAUUCCAGAAGUAGAUCUAGGUCACGAUCGCCAUAUCAUAAGAAAAAUAAAUAUUUAAAAUCAAGGUCAAGGUCACCACGGUCUUCAAGACGUAAAUCGCCUCCCUCGAAGUAUCAACAGAAUCAACAUCGCAGUUACCCCCCUUCUACAAGGAAACAAAUACCCUCUGGCAAACCAUACAUUUCAAAGAAAAGAAGCAGAACGCCAUCACCAUAUGGACGAGGUUCGCCUCCACGACAGAAAUCAACGACACAGCCCAAGACAUCACAUACCUCUUUUCAAACAAGAGACAAGUUGGACCAAACCAGACCACUUGAGGGUAGUGGAAAUCGAGGCAGGUCUCCUAUUUACACUGGUGCGAAACAAGACCGGCAUUUUGGAGCAAAUAGAAAUCGAGACAGAUCACCAAUUUACACAGGGUCAAGUCAUGACCGAUUUGACCCCAAACCUCAAAGGUCAUGGUCACCAGAGCAAUCUUUUGGGUACGAUGAGGGUAAGGGCUCCUCAGGGCCAUCCAGGAGUAGACGAACUCCAUCCCCUGGAUAUAACAUGGGGCCAGGCCCCUCUGGUAUGUUGUUUCCUGCAGCUGCCAAAUUUACCGCCAUAACCGGGCCUUUAACAAUUCCACAGAGUCAUAAAACUGGAACUAAAAUGAUGUUAAGCAACCGUUUUGGUAUUUUUGAGGACGACUUAGAAUUGCCUCUGAUUAUAGAGGAUAACAUUACAAUAGGUAUACAUCGCCGAGGCCCCAAUAUGAUCCACGAUUCCCGUCGACCAAUCGUGCGUAGUUUCCGCCCUGGAGAUACAUUGGAAGUUCACAAGAAGGAUGACGGAAGGUAUCCAAUCUUUGACCGAGAGGAGAUAAAAGUCUUUCACCAUGACGACAUCUUGGAUGAUGAAGUUUACGAGGAAAAGAGAACUAUAAGUGUAUUACACUCUAAACCAAAGAAUCGUCAGGAUUCAUAUGAAUCAGACCGGCGAAUCAUUCAAGGGAAAGGAAACUAUAACAGGUCUCAGUACAGUGAACCGCAAAUCAAAUUUGACCCUCGGCCUGAUCCACGAUAUGAAAGUUUACUGAGUGAUAACAAAGUCCGAGAUACUACCAAAGUGACACGUGUUCAGCGUAAUCCAAACGACCUCCGACAUAGCCUGCAGAAGAGACGUCAUGAUGACGAUGAAGAUGACCAACUCUUUGAUGCCAGGAAGAAGAUUGAGGCCAAGAGAAAACACACUCACCGUGACGACCGUGUCCAUAGUAGGGAAAGGUACCACGACAAGGUGGGAGACAAGCGACGUGACCGAAGCAUAUCCUCAGAUAGCAGACAGAAGCCGACAACGGAAACAGAAGUUUUACCUGAUUUUUCCAAUCGACCUGGAAAGUUGGGUUCAGACCAGUAUCGCUCAGAGGAGUGGAAAGACAAGCCAGAGAUGAUCCCUAAGAAUCCAAUGUACUAUGAGCAUGAUACUCGUGAGGACGAAGAAGGCGGUUACGCGGGACGCGGUCGCUAUACCAGGCGGCCCUACAGACAAGGAUUCCGUACCAGAGGAUCAUAUACAUACAACAGGGGAAACAGUAAUACCCAGUACAGAAGCACCAAUUAUAAAGGAUCAAAUUUCAUCCCGAACUUCCGGUCCCGUGGAUUCAGACGCCCUUACAACAGCAACUAUAGGGGACGUGGCUUCAACAAAUCAUCAGACCACUACACAAAGACAACCUCCCCCAAGGACAGGACAGGUUGGAAUCCUAACUGGAAACCAGCUUCCUCCACUAGUGGUGACCGGGUGUGGAAACAUGAUUUAUAUGAUGACAAAGAGAAGGAGGAAAGUGACACAAAAGACAAAUCCGAAAAGACCACUCACGAUGAUAACAGAGAGGAUAACAAGCCAUCCAGUACAACAUGAAAAGGGAGAUAACUUGUGUAAUAUACAUCCAGGUUGGGGCUAUGGAAACACAGGAGACGAGACGUGAGAACAGCAGGUUAAAAAAUAUGACCUUACAAAGGGUGAAGAAAUUAUACAGAAUACAAUAUUGUGGACAACUCUUACGGAGGUUGAGGAACACUCCAUGCAGUACGAGAUGAAAGGGGAGUUAACUCUGUCACAAACAUACAGAAACAGCUGCACAACCCAAAUCAGCAUGGAAAAACAGGUCUACCAUGAGUAGCUAAAGUUGCUGAUUAUUCUUGGAAGUACAUUGACAAUAAAUGAUAUACAUGAGCUUUGCAAUUAUGGAAGUAGGAUUCCCCCGCGGUCUUCUUGUUCCAUCAUUACCUGUGGCUUUGAUGGGGUCUUUGCUGCAUAUAGUUGUGAUUGAGAUUGAAAUUCCUUGAUAAUGUUUAAAGGUUGAAAGAGGAAUAAAACAAAAUCUUAAGAUUUAAACAACUGGUUUUUAGGCAAUUUGUAAAUUAUGUUAUUGUACUUUAAAUUUGUACUUAACUGGCAUGAUUUUAAACAUUAAAAUAAGUGUUUUAAUAUGAAAUGGAUAAAUGUUAUGUUGUUUUCAUAUUGAAUGCUGGACAAUGAUUACCAAUGUAAGGCUGUUUUACAGAACAUACUGUCCCCUGGCUGAGACAUUCCAGGGUCUGUAAAAUCUGCAGUUGCUGCUCCUGCUUAACACUCAGCAUUUUGGGAUUGGGAUGAAUGGUUUUCCCAUUUUCAAUAUUAAGUUACCGGGUGAGGUGUCCUGCUGGGUGUUUUAGAAGUAUAGUUCAGUGAGGUAGCACUAUAAAGUCAGCUUCAGUUCAGCACUACCACAAGGAGACAACAUGAAUAUGCCUCAGCCCCAAAAGCACACACUCACCACAAAUAUGCAUCUCGCACACACGGGAGACCGGCCUCAAAAGACCAUAGCUGUUGAUAGGACGUUAAACCAUACAAAACCAAUAUUGUAAAUUAAAAGUAAAUGCCAACCUUUGUCUUAACUAUAAUCAGGGGAGGUGGCUCUUCAGCAGUGGUAGACAAAAUCUACCAAGUAACAGUUGCUUUUUUUUGGUGAGAUGUAUAUUUUUGUAUUAAUGGAUGUGAAAUGGUCACCUAUUCAACCUUUUUUUUAUGUGAACUCAUAUUCAUACUUAUGUAAGUAAAGAAUUGAAACCUGUCAUUUAUUUUACAAGAUUAAAAUUUCUAGAUGUACCAUUUGAUGUCUUGUGUCCACUAUCCGACACUCAUUUAUGCUCAAAGUACACUUAAUUGGAUAAUUAGGAAUAGAUAGAAAAUAUGUUUUUUACUUGGGCAAACAAUUGUCCUAUAUUUUGCAGGAGGGAAUGGUACUUUACUGGUUAAGGGACAUUAAGAUUUGUAUGUUUAGAAUAUUUGUUCUGCAGUAAUGGUGGUCUUCAUGUUUUUAUAGGUAACUGUUCUACAAUAUAACAACUUGAGGCCAACAUGACUGAAACAUUUUGCUAGUUUAUACAAAAGUGUCCGGUUUAUAGAUUGAGGAAUUUGAAACUUUUGUAGAAAUAUCCUUCCGGUUUAAGUUUGAAUUAACUGGGAAUAUGUCAGCAUUUUCAAAAAUCUUGUAAAAUAUGUUCAAGGAAUGUAUUAAUGUACAUUCUUUCUGACAUGGUGGAUUAUCCUCAAACAAACAUUUUGAGUAAACUAUCAAAAUAAACCUUUCAGCUUGAAUUUUCCCAAAUGAUUUAUAUAUUUCAGAUUGUUUCUUUACCAAAAUAUACACAUAUACUAUGAUAGGAAUGCAACACAGAUAUUUUAGAAUAGACAGGGUCCGGAUAUGACAGUUUUAACUAUUUUGAUUUAGGAUGAAAUAUUGUCAAGAUCCCAAUACCCAUGGUGGUAUCUACAGGGAUCUUGAUUAGACCAGGGCUGGUGUAUACAAGGAUUUUGAUAAGACAGGGGCUGGUGUAUAUAGGGAUCUUGAUUAGACAGGGGCUGGUGUAUACAGGGAUCUGGAUUGGACAGGGGCUGGUGUAUACAGGGAUCUUGAUUAGAUGGGCUGGUGUAUAAAGGGAUCUUGAUUAGACGGGGGCUGGUGUAUACAGGGAUCUUGAUUAGACAGGGGCUGGUGUAUACAGGGAUCUUGAUUAGACAGGGGUUGGUGUAUACAGGGAUCUGGAUUAGACGGGUUGGUGUAUACAGGGAUCUGGAUUAGACAGGGGCUGGUGUAUACAGGGAUCUUGAUUAGACAGGGGCUGGUGUAUACAGGGAUCUGGAUUAGACCAGGGUUGGUGUAUACAGGGAUCUGGAUUAGACAGGGACUGGUGUAUACAGGGAUCUUGAUUAGACAGGUGCUUGUAUAUACAAUGAUCUUGAUUAGACAGGGGCUGGUGUAUACAGGGAUCUUGAUUAGAUAAGGGCUGGUGUAUACAGGGAUCUGGAUUAGACAGGGGUUGGUGUAUACAGGGAUCUUGAUUAGACAGGGGCUGGUGUAUUAUGAUAUCUUGAUUAGACAGGGGCUGGUGUAUACAGGGGUCUGGAUUAGACAGCGACUGGUGUAUACAGUGAUCUGGAUUAGACAGGGGCUGGUGUAUACAGGUAUCUAUAUUAGGCAGGGUUUGGUGUAUACAAGGAGGGGCUGGUGUAUACAGGUAUCUAUAUUAGGCAGGGUUUGGUGUAUACAAGGAGGGGCUAGUGUAUACAGGUAUCUAUAUUAGACAGGGUUUGGUGUAUACAGGUAUCUAUAUUAGGCAGGGUUUGGUGUAUACAGGUAUCUAUAUUAGGCAGGGUUUGGUGUAUACAGGUAUCUAUAUUAGGCAGGGUUUGAUGUAUACAGGUAUCUAUAUUAGGCAGGGUUUGGUGUAUACAGGUAUCUAUAUUAGGCAGGGUAUGGUGUAUAUGACAAGGAGGGGCUGGUGCAGUCAAGUUAUACUGUACAAUUAUUGUAAAUAUAAACCUGACUUAUGUUCAAUUGUUGAUACAACAAACAAUAAAUUGUUCCUCUAUUUCUUUUAUUUCAAUUAUUUCCUAAUCCUGUUUUCUCAUCUCUCUCUACAAUUAGGUUUAAUGGUGGUUACAAGUCUAACUUCCACUUCAGGGCUUAUGGUAAUUGCUUGCUCGGUUAUUGUAACUUUUUAGUCGAGGUGGAAUGUUAUAUCAAGUGGAAACCUUGAUAAUUAUUUAAUAUUGGUAUAUUGCUUGUACUGUUAAGUUAUAUAUGCAGCUUGUUACUGCACUUAUGCCCUGCCCCAAGGCUUCAACAGUAUGACUUAUCAAAAUUAUCUACCGUAAAUUCAGUAUAAAACAAUAUACAACUUUAAAGAUAUGUCCAAAUUUUGGAGAGAAAAAAGUUUGCUUCCACUCUCUUACGACCACAUUUCUCCCAAAUUUGCCCUCAUAAUCCCUGCCUUUACGACCUUGUUUGUCUCAAACAUCCUGAUACCUAGAUAAUUUGAAAACUUAACCUUUAUUCCAUAGUGUUUUCUUACAGAAAAUGUUCAGUUAAGGAAUAUUAGUGGUCCAUCUAGUAAUCCUAGGAAUUUUACUAGAACCAGUCAGUAGAGAAAAUUUAUAUCUCAUAGGUACCGAAAUAGACCUGAUAAAAUCACUGUUCUCUUAUAAAAGAAAGGUACACUACAUUCAUUCUCGGGGUUAAAAAAAAAAUGAAAUAUUCUUCAAUAUCAGUGUAAUGUUUUGUUGUGUUUGGUAAAAGACUUAAAAACAUUUUUAGCAGAUUCAGUCAAUCGAAUUGAGAUAUAGAUGCUCAUUCUCACUAUGUUACAUGAUCACCUUAUGACAUCGCAUAAGAGGUCAUGUCAGGAUGACCUUUUGGAUUAACCAAUCAAAUUACUACUUACAGAAUCUUGGAUGUGCGAAAUAGCAUGACUAGAGUGCAUGGUAUACAUUCUGUACCAAAAUGGUUAGCUUCAGAUGCAUGAUUUGACAAAUUAGUGAGAUCGAUGACAUCGAAAUACAUGUAUUGACAAUUCACCCAGAAAGUGAAAUAUUGAGAUAGCAAAGGUCACCAGAACUUGACCCCUUAUGCGACGUCAUUAGAUGGUCAUGUUACAUAGUGAUAAUGACUGUCUAGAUUUUAAUUACAUUGCAAAUUCAGUAUGAGAAAUCAACAUGUUUGUCUAUUUUAAUUAAAUACACCCAUCAUUCCCCUGAAGAAAAGUCGGGUCGUUUUAUUGUGGUAUAUGUCCUUAUAAGGUCAGAUAUGGUAGAUUGCGUUGCCUGUGAGAAGAAUGUUAAGCAGGCCUUACCUUGGCCAAUUCUGCUGCUGUAGCAGUAGGAAAUGGUAGAGUCUAGUGCUUAAAUGUACUUGUCCCUGAAAAGGAUGUUUUAAACUCGAUGUAAAAAUUGUUUUAUUUGAAACAUUGUACAUAAUGUUUGUUUUUUUUAAAUUCCGUGAAUAUUUGAAUAUAAAAUCAAAUAUAAAAUAAAACUUCUUUUUUCUUUUUUUUGUGUCUUCACCAUUGUGGUCGGAGGCUUAUAACUUGUAACGUUGCCAUUCAUCAGUUCGUCUGACAUCAAUUUUGUUUGAAGGUUU